UAGAAGGUGCUAGUACCAAACCCACAGCUUUACCCUACACUUUGCUGCAAGUUGCAACAAGAAUUGAAAGAAGAAAUACUCCCGGAUUUUCACUUUCUUCUUCUGUUCUUGCAAAUCAAAUCUCUCCCACCAAUCAUCCAUAUCCCAUAAUUUCGCGCACCAACACGCUUCACUGUGUGUAUGUAGUUCAAGCUCACCACCACCCUUCUCCGUUUUCCAAUCCCAUUCAUGUCUUCCGCCUCUUUCACUAGUCUUCUUGCCUCCGACCACCACCCUACUUCCGCCGCCGCCGUCGUCAGCAAAGGUCUUGGUGAUCGGAUAGCGGAGAGGACGGGUUCUGGAGUUCCUAAGUUCAAGUCUCUUCCGCCGCCGUCGCUUCCCAUAUCGCCACCGCCCGCUGCCUUCUCUCCUUCUUCCUUCUUUGCUAUCCCUCAUGGGUUGAGCCCUGCCGAGCUUUUGGAUUCUCCUGUUCUUCUGUCGGCUUCUAAUAUUUUGCCCUCUCCAACUACAGGGACCUUUCCAAUUCAGGGUUUCGAUUGGAAGAGCAAGUCUGACAGGGCCCAGCAGCAGCAGGAAGUGGAAAUCAAAAAUCAACAGAAGGGCUUCUCGGAUUUCUCUUUCCAAGCCCAAACAAAGCCUCUGACAUCUUAUGGACAGCAGACAUGGGGUUAUCAAGAACCUGUUAAUCAAGAUGUUUCAUCAUCAGACAAACCCAACCAGGAAUCGGAAUUCAGUUCAACCCAUGAGGUUUCUACAUUCCAAACAAGCCAUCGCAACAACAAUACUGUCCGAUCAGAAUACGAUCAUUACAAUCAGUCAUCACAGACAAUAAACGACAACAGAAGGUCCGAUGAUGGGUACAAUUGGAGGAAAUAUGGGCAGAAACAGGUGAAGGGGAGUGAAAAUCCACGAAGCUAUUACAAAUGCACGCACCCCAAUUGUCCGACCAAGAAAAAGAUCGAACGGUCGUUGGAUGGACGGAUCACUGAAAUUGUUUACAAGGGUACUCACAACCAUCCGAAGCCUCAGUCGGGCAGGAGAUCAUCGUCGUCCUCAUCAACAGCAUCGGCUUCUUCUAUAGUAAUUCAGACUUGCAGUACUCAGUCCAAUGAAAUCCCUGAGCAGUCCUAUGGAUUGAAUGCUGCCGGAAAAGUGGACUCCUUUGUCUCUACACCAGAGAACUCUUCGAUAUCUAUCGAAGAUUUGGAGCAGAGUGCUCAGAAGAGCAAGUCGGGUGGAGAUGAGUUCGAUGAGGUUGAGCCUGAUGCGAAGAGAUGGAAAGGUGAGAAUGAGAGUGAAGGUAUUUCGGCAAUGGGGAAUAGGACAGUGAGAGAGCCAAGAGUUGUAGUUCAAACUAUGAGUGAUAUAGAUAUACUCGAUGAUGGAUAUAGAUGGAGAAAAUAUGGUCAGAAAGUGGUCAAGGGAAAUCCCAAUCCCAGGAGCUAUUACAAGUGCACUAGUCAAGGGUGUCAAGUAAGGAAACACGUGGAACGAGCGGCCCACGACACGAGGGCCGUGAUAACCACCUACGAGGGGAAGCACAACCACGAUGUCCCUGCUGCUCGUGGCAGUGGCAACAGCAGUUCCCUUAGCAGAACCGUGCCGUAUAUUCCAAGCAACAAUGCAACCAUUGCUGCAGUUAGGCCUAUAACGUUGCAGCAUAACUUGGCUUAUCCAAUGCCAGUCCGCAGCAGUGCAAGGCCACCGACGGUUGAAGAUGAUGCACCGUAUAUGUCGGAGAGCCAUAGACAUUCAAGAUUCGGAAACUCAAUAACUUCUUGCGUCGACAAUGCGUUGUUUUCAAGAGCUAAGGACGAGCCCGGAGACGACAUGUUUCUCGAGUCUUUGCUCCGCUGAAUUCACUUGUGAGUCUAAGAUUUUUUAUUUUAAAUCGGUGUUGCAUCUUGUAUUACUUCACAUAUAAAUGUUUGUACAAAAUGUUUCCGAUAUGUAUAUGUGAAGUACAAUACGAGAUGCAAUACCUGUUUAAAAUAAAGGAUUUUAGUGACAAGUGGAGCCUACUUAUUGUAGAAAAAUUCGUCAAGAUAUUAAGACAGGAUAUAGGAUGGCGUAUACAGUUCUUUCUUUGAUUCCAAGAUCAUUCUUUGGCUUAUGUUCGAUGUGGGUUGUGGAUAGAACUAGUUUUCUGAGGAGUUGUACUAGGUUUAUGUCAAUUUGUUUUAUCAUGUAAUUUUAACAGGAUUUGCUUUGUAUAGACAUAGUACAGAACUUCGUGGAAUAAUAAGUUGUUUCUGUUGUGGAUUUCAUCGAA